CAGUUCGUUCGCGUGGGCUUCGUUCGUCACCUCGGUCGUCGUUCGCUUCCCCCACCCCCCUCCCCCUCACUCACUCACUCAUUCCAAGCGGCACUUCCCCACUUUCAUUCUUUUAACGCAACACCAAAGGACGGGCACCAUGAGCGGCGCGGGGACGGGACCACUGGCACCCCUGCCUGCGCUUCUGCCGCCCUUCGCCGAGCCACCUGCACAGGGCCUGGCCGGGUUCCAGUCCGCGGACGACACCAAGCUCACCAUCCACCAGCUCGCCUUCUUCAUGCUGUGGCUCGUCUGCGUCGCUGCCUGGCUGCUCGUCAAGGGCCGCUCCCUCUGGACCUGGAUGUGCUGCCCUUCAGACGGAACAAGCCGAUCGCCUCGCCAUCUUCGACUCUGGCAAGUCUCCACAGCCACCCUGCAGGAGUCCGUUCAGUUGCUGCAGGCUGUGGUCCAGUUUGGCGCAAUCAUGCUCUACUUUUACGUGUGCGACAUGGAUCACAUCUGGGACGUAGGCCUCCGCUCGUACAAUCGCGACGUGUACGCUUCGAUCGUCGUGCUCGCACUGCUGGUUGGGCUGCUGGUCUCCGUCAAGGUCAUUGGCGGCCAGUCCACCAACGAGAAAAUCCGCGCUGCUGCCGAAGCUGCUGCGCUUCACGGCGCAAACCGUCCUGGCGCCGACGGCCUGCUUCCGCACCACACUGCCGUCGCCCCAGCCCCUGCUCCCGCUGCAGCGCGAGCGUCCGACAUCUAUGCGCCCGGAAAGCCUGUCAUUCUCAAUCGCGAUCAAAGCGACGAGUGGAAGGGCUGGAUGCAAUGCAUGUUUGUGCUCUACCACUUUUUCAAGGCGCGCGAGAUUUACAAUGAGAUUCGCGUUUUUGUCGCUGCCUAUGUCUUCCUGACUGGAUUUGGCAACUUUUCCUACUUUUGGACCAAGAAAGACUUUAGCGUUUUCCGCCUCGUCAAGAUGCUCUUCCGCCUCAACUUUUUGGUGCUGCUCGUGAUGGUCACCACCAACAACCGCUAUGUGCUGUACUACAUUUGCCCGAUGCACACCUUCUGGUUCCUCGUCAUCUAUCUGUGCAUGUUUGCCUGCAAGUCGCACUACAACAACCGCUUGGUCAUGGGCACCAUGUUUACCGUCCUCUUUGGCUUGGCCUUUUUGAUCUGGGACUGGCCCUUGUCCGACGAAGAGCAGCCGAAAUCAGUGACCAGCCGGAGCGUCUCGGCCAUUGUUGGAAACGUUGUCUUCUGGCCCUUCAAGUUCAUCCUGUCCGAGUCGGAUGGCACGCUCAAGGAAUGGAUGAUUCGCAGCGGGUUGGACCACUUUGCCGCACCUGUGGGCAUGCUCUUUGCCUACUUCCACCCGACCCUUCAGCGCUUUUUGGUUUGGCUCGAAGAAGGCAGCGCCUCAGCCCGGCCUGCUGCUGUCGCGGACGCGCAAAAGUCCGGACCCACUUUUGUCGCUGCCAACGGCGGCGGCGGCGGCGCUGGUGAGGUCCUGUCCAGUAAUGCCUUCAAUGCGGAUGUUCACCAACGCCACACUGCGAACGGCACCGCUGACAUUGAGCCGUUGCUCGGCCCGGCUUCUGCUGCGACUCCCCGACCCGACUUUGAGGUUUCGUUCGACGACGCCAGACCUCGCUCGACACGUUUCCUGUUGGCCACGCUUUGGUGGAACCUGCUCGAGUUUGCUCUUCCCUCAUCGGUGGUACAGACGUUGCGCGACGCAUCGCGCUCUCGGACCAACACGGUUCGUUUGGUGAUCAAAAUCGUACUGAUGGCGGUUGUCGUGGGCGGGUUGGCCCUGUGGUACUCGAUCUGGGGCGUCUUGCCAGAGUCAGACUACCAGCGAGUGCACCCGUACACUUCACCCCUUCCAAUUCUGCUCUUCUUGCUCUUCCGCAACCUGUGGGCGCCACUUCGACGCCGUUUCAUCGGUCUGUUUGCGUGGAUUGGCUCGGUGACACUGGAAACGUACAUUGCCCAGUUUCACAUCCUGAUGCAAUACGACGCCACACGCAUCAUCAUCCUCCUCCCUGGUUACCCGAUGUUGAACUUUAUGCUUGUGGGCAGCAUUUACCUCUACCUGUCGUACCGGCUGUUCCACCUGACUGUCGUCUUGUCGACGCUCUUGCUUCCAGAAGCUGCCGGCAAGUCCGACGCGGCCGCUGUGACUGCUCGCGAGCUCAUGCUCCUGCGGUGGGCGGCCUUGUUGAGUGUGCUUGGUGUGGGCUAUCUGAUCUCGACGUUUGUGCUUCACGAGUUGUAAUCUGCUGCGCUCGUGCGUUUGAUGUACGAUUUUGUUUUUGUUGUCUUGUUGUGCGCGUUGUUGUGCGCGUUGUUGUUGUUUUCUAAGCUCAGUACCAAUAUGGUUACUUUUGUCUCAGUCGUGUUUUCAUUAAACCCUUACUUCCACUACU